CUUGUAAAAUCACUUUUCUUGAUAUUUCUUCUACCAGGUGGGGCUAUGGAUUUUUGGAGGUACCCUGAACAUCGAUGCUGUUACUGCAGCAAUUCUUGGAUUAGCUGUCCUCCUUGUGACUGGGGUUGUCACGUGGAAGGAAUGCCUAGCUGAAUCCGUUGCUUGGGACACACUUACUUGGUUUGCUGCACUUAUUGCUAUGGCUGGGUAUCUAAACAAAUAUGGACUCAUCUCCUGGUUUAGCCAAACUGUUGUUAAGUUUGUUGGUGGAUUGGGACUUCCAUGGCAGUCAUCUUUUGGCAUUCUGGUUCUUCUUUACUUCUAUUCUCACUAUUUCUUCGCAAGUGGGGCUGCUCAUAUCGGCGCCAUGUUUACAGCAUUCUUAUCCGUAGCUAGUGCUUUGGGUACACCACCAUAUCUCGCAGCCAUGGUCCUCUCCUUUCUGUCUAAUCUUAUGGGUGGCAUUACACAUUACGGAAUUGGAUCAGCACCCGUGUUUUAUGGCGCUGGCUACGUGUCACUUGCCAAAUGGUGGGGCUACGGAUUCUUGAUCUCCGUAGUCAAUCUUAUUAUCUGGCUCGGAGUUGGAGGUGUUUGGUGGAAGGCCAUCGGCUUGUGGUAGACCAUCUUCGUUUCAGUAAUCGUACUUCAUCACCUUCAUCUGCUAUGGUUUUGGUUUAGUAUUCGAGUCUUUUUACGAUCAAAUUGAGGUAGGCUUGGUGGCAUCGGAGGGACAUAUGGUAGUAUAUACGUGCUAUUUAUGGCUCAAUUUAGGAUUGUGCUUGAAUUUUGAAAUUGAAAUUGCAUAUUCCAUUAUUUUUAUUGAA